GUGGCGUCAAGAAAGUGGGCGGAGGGUAGUUUGCUCUGUCGCGACAUUUGUCGCAUCGAUGUCAUCAAAUCCAUCUUAAGGUUCGCCCGAUCGUCUUUUCAGAAUGGGUCGGAGUGACAUGUUAUAAUAAUUACUAGCUUUCUCCAAAACCUCCACUCCUGGGGCGCUUUGGCGCGAUUCGUCCAUGGCAUACACGUCGUCCCAGGCCCGCUGCAUCGCGGUGUCCUCCCGCGACUCCAACGCAUCAUCUGCAUUUGUCUACGCAGUGAAAACCACCGGGAUAUACUGCCGACCUAACUGUGCAUCUCGCCUUGCUAGACGGGCGAAUAUUGUCUUCUUUGACGACGCGGGGCGAGCUGAAACGGAAGGUUUUAGACCGUGUAAGAGGUGCCAGCCUCAAUCAACAAAGAGGGCAGGAAUUGGAGCGCCCAGUGAGCGUGUCGCUGCAGCUGUGAAUGAAGCAAAGAGGAUCAUCGAACUAAACGCAAGCGAAUGCUCGGGGAAAGGCAGUCAAAUUACUCUUAACGAGCUUGCAAUGAGAGUGGGUCUCACGCCGCGAUAUCUCCACAAGGUCUUUGCUGAGCAUGUUGGCUGCUCACCGAGAGAUCACUUUCUGGCCACGAAGCGCCUGCGCGAUUCAGAUACCUAUUCCCCAGUCGAUGACACAAAUUCUACAGGGAAAAACGAUGAUAUAUUCCAGAUUGAAGAUUUCCUUUAUGUUCCCGACGAGGAUAGGGACCGUACACCUCAAGACAAGAAUGACGCCGAAAUCAGUACACUCUUUGAUGCCUUUCAAUUCCCGUGUGAGGAAAUCCAUUCGAGUGUAUCUCCAGCUUUGAUGAAAGAGAGAACAUGAAGACAUCAUGCUUCUGAUGGCUACCUGUCGGUUGUAAAAGAGCUUGGAAUGUGCUACUCAUCCUUCUCCAACAAGCAAACUACUUCUGCUCCAUUGAACACAAGCUUGAAUACCAGAUCGUCUCUCUUAAUAGAAAGUAUAGCUGUGCGCUGAGAGUCUCGUGCUCUGGCUGUGUUUCGAUAGUUGUCUACAACGCUCUAAUGAUUUCGCGCCGUUCCCGCCAACGCAGCAGCUUCCACUACUCUAGCCUACUUGAGCUCGUGUUACUAUCAAACCCAGUGUGUUGCUUUAGAGUUGGCCAUGCCGGAUGGUUUACCAAUGCUGAAUCCCAAGCUCGGCCUUGAACUUGUUCUGCAGACUAACGUUCGUAUAGUGAUGUUGAAGAGUUUU